AUGUUGGCCCCAGCUGUGCCAGAGAUCACGGAAGAGAACCUCCACGAAUCGAUUGAUGCCCGUACCGAGUCGCUUCUCUCACUGCGCGAGCUCGGCCCGCCUGACCUCGUCCACCUCCUGAGGCAAAGCACACGCAACCCACUAAAGCAGUCUGGUGUUUACCAUCAUGUCACCGGUGUCGAUGCAUCCUCCUCUGCCAGUCUCGCGGCAUACAUCAACACUCUCACAUACAAAGAGCAUGGACCCAGCACGAUCUCGAAGAUUGUAGAGGGUGUCUUUUGGCUUGAUAUGCGAGUGCACGUUUCAAUCCCUGGUACCGUCGAGAGCUACUGCGUUGACGAACGAGGCGAAAAGCGCAAGGCGUCCGAAGAUCUCUGGCUAGAGACGUAUCUCUGCAGUGUCCUGCGUGCAUACUCCUAUGCCGAUGAUGGAAGCGGCGACACAAUUCGCAAAAUCAUGGGCGUGCGCCGCUUCAACCCAGUCACCAACACCGAGGCCGAGCACCGCUUCCUCUUCGCCGCUGAGCAGCUCUUUUUCCGCGGCUGGCAGCUCGGGUCCGACUCCGUAGUCCAAGUUCCGACAAAUGUCUCGAACCAUCUGACUACUGGUCUUUUGAAAUACCUCGAAACGACCGGCCGGUACGCUUCCGGUAUCAACCUAUUUGAGAAGCUUCGCACGCAGAGCAUCGAGGUCUCGUCACUUCUCGCCAAGGUCCAGUUUAUGGGCAGCGAAGAAGUUGCCGGUGUCAAGGUGCUGUACGAAUCUCUUCAGCAGACGCCCAUGGACUAUGUCAUGCUCGACACACAGGCCGAGUUCUUGAUGAAGAAGGCACAGAAAGCCGAGACACCAGAGCAACGAACCGACCGACUGACGAUGGCGAGGGGAUGCGCAGACCGUAGCACGGUUGCUGCCCCAAGCGAAUUCGGAACUUGGGCCAGGCUUGCUCAGGUUUACGUGGCGAUGGAGGACUGGGAGAAUGCACUCACCACGCUCAACUCGUGUCCCAUGUUUACAUAUCAGGACAAGGACGCACCUUUGAUGCCAGAGCCCAAAGAAGUGCAGCUUCCCAUUCUGGCUGAAACCAGACUAGAUGAGAUUGACAGCGAACCCGAGUCGAGAUUUUCCGAACAGGUCGACCCCAGUAUCCUGGGCCUGCGGGCGGCCGCCUAUCGCGGAACCUUCAAACAAGCAUACAGUAUUUUGACGGAAAUGACGUCAAAGAUUGGUUGGGACCAGCUACUCAAGAUUCGCAGCACUGUAUUCGUGAUGGAAGACGAGUACCGCACGGAGAAGCAGGAGGCGACACAGGGCGCUCACAAGCGAACUCCCAGCACGGAUGGCCUCCGUGGCACUCCUGAUCCAACCUCGAAUGGCGACGGGAAGGAUGAGGAUGAGGACAAAGGGAAUGAGGCCGAACAGACUAAUGGCGAGAAUGGUGUUGAGCGUCCUUCCAACACCAUUGAUCCCAAGAGCCUCAAGGGCGAUCAGGAAAACGGUGACGGCGACGAGGCUUUGUCCAAGCUCAAUACAAAGCGUUUGUGUGAACGAUGGUUGGACAGCCUGUUUAUGGUCCUAUAUGAAGACCUGCGGGUGUAUACGAUUUGGCGCACCCAAAUGGCCCAGUACCGCGCACAGCAGAUGCAGUAUAAGAAGUCUGCUGAGGAAUGGGAGAUUCUGGGCUCCCUAGCUGAGCGUCUUCAGCAUUUUGAUGAAGCUGUCGAAGCAUACCGAGCAUGCCUGUCGCUACGAUUCAGCCCAAAGGCGCUUUCCGGUGUCCUCCGCGUCUACGAGCGAUCCAAGAGCACGCGCGAAACUGUCGCGUCCGUCAUUCGGCUGGUCACUUGGCAGUACAGAUGGUAUAGCGAAUUCAGCCCUGAGCUGCUACACACCAUCCGCACGCUGAUUGAGGACGAAGGUGCCGUCAAGGUGCGGAGCAUAAUACAGGCCACGAGCCUACCCCAGGCGGUGCUUGACCUCACGCACCACUAUGCUGCCCUUUGCGCAAACUUUCGCAGCAGUGGCACCGAGGGUUAG